UAUUUUUUUCUUGGUGAUGGAUAAAUAAAGUUGUAAGGGCUCUUGCUUUAAGGAAUUGGACCUUUGUUUCCUUUCCUUGGAUCAAAUUUGAAUGGCUCACAUUCUCCCAGCAUGCUCAGCAUGAGGUGGCGACUGUUAGUGGCAGCAGUGCUGGUGGGCUCCUUCCUUGAGGCUCUCCCUGUCAAGGAUAAGACAGCAGAGGAACACAAGAGUGAUGAACACAAAGAUGGGGAGGAGCACAACGAAGACUGGGAAUUAAAUUUGGAAUAUGGUCGAUACUUAAAAGAAGUUGUACAAGCACUGGAAAGUGAUGCAGCCUUCAGGAAGAAACUAGAAACUGCAGAGGUGGAUGACAUCAAGUCUGGCAAGAUUGCACGAGAACUCCACUUUGUCGACCAUAAUGUUCGUACUAAGCUGGAUGAGCUGAAGCGUCGAGAACUUGAACGUCUCCGCCACCUAGCAAUCAAGGAGCAUGAGAAGGAGACAGGUGUGGAUCGAAAUUUGCUGAAGGUUCCUGUCCACAUUGACCAUAAGAAUCCUACCAGAUUUGAAGUGGAAGAUUUAAAGAAGCUAAUUCUCAAGACUACAGAAGACUUGGAAAAAGUUGAUGAACAGCGUCGUACGGAAUUUAAAAAUUACGAAAUGGAAAAAGAGUUUGAACGACAGCAAGAACUGGCUAAGAUGGAUGAAGAACACCGCAAGAAGGCUGAAGCUGAACAUGAGGAAGAGAUUAAGAAACAUGGACGUCACAGUAAACUCCAUCAUCCUGGCUCAAAAAAGCAGUUAGAAGAGGUGUGGGAGGAGCAGGAUCAUAUGCAGCCUGAGGACUUUGAUCCCAAGACUUUCUUCCACCUUCACGAUCUUGAUGGUAAUGGCUUCUGGGAUGAGAUGGAAGUGAAAGCUUUGUUCAAAAAAGAGCUUGACAAGAUGUAUGACCCUAAUGCUCCAGAAGAUGACAUUAAUGAACGCUUUGAAGAAAUGGAGAGAAUGCGUGAACAUGUUUUUAAGGAGUCAGAUCUUGACAAGGAUAAUCUUAUCAGCUUUCAAGAGUUUGUGGAACAAACAAAGCGAGCAGAGUUUGAGCAGGAUGGUGGAUGGCAGGGUCUAGAUGAGCAGGAGCUAUACUCUCAGCAAGAAUACGAGCAGUUUGAACGUGAACGUCAGGAGGAAAUCAGGCGUUUGGUUGAGUCUGGAUCAAUCCCACCCCCUCCUGGCUACCAUGGGAUGCCACCUGCCCAGCCGGCCAUAUAUCAUGGUGAGCCCUACCCUGGAUCACAUGCUGCUGCUGUUGCUCAAGGACUGCAUCCCUCAAAUGCUGAUUCUCAGCAUGGGCAGCUACCACAAGCCCACCCCAAUAGCAUUCCUCAAGGCUAUCAAGCAGUACCUCAAGGAUACCAGGCACUUCCUCAAGGAUACCAGGCAGUUCCUCAGGGUUACCAGGCGGUUCCUCAGGGAUACCAAACAGCUCCCCAGCAGGUGCAGUAUUACCAGCAAGGGGUACCAUAUCAGCAGGUCCCAGGUCAGCCUUUAUCUGGUCAACCCAUCCAAGGGCAGGUUCUACAAGGUCAGCCAGCCACAGGACAAGUUGUGCAAGGUCAUCCACUGCAAGGAAAUAUACAAGGUCAGGGACAGGUUGCACAAGGUCAGGCUGCCCAAGGACAGGUUGUACAAGGUCAGGCUGCCCAGGGGCACAUUACACAAGGUCAGGUUGCCCAGGGGCAAGCUGCACAUGCUUUGACUGCCCAGGGACAGGUUUCACAAGGUCAGGCCAUCCAGGGGCAGGUUGUACAAGGUCAUGUUGACCAGGGGCAGGUUGCACAAAGUCAGGCUGCUCUGGGGCAGGCUGCACCAGGCCAUCCAGCUCAAGGACAAAUUGUAAAUGUCCAGCCUCUCCCAGGACAGGUUAUACAAGGUCAGCAUUCCCAGCUACAGGGGCCUGUUGUUGGUCAGAUUCCUAAUGCUCCUUUAGUAGCUAGUAAUGUUAUAGCUGGUCAACACUAGACAGAUCAGUAAGGUCUUCUUGUUCAUCUUCAAUGUCGAGAACAUGCAUUUACCGUACGUGGCGCCAGCUCUAGGCAGGUGUUGUGUUGGAUGAAUAUUUUUCUCAUGGAUGUUCAUGACAGUAUUUUUAAAAAUACUCCUUGAUGAUAUUGACAGCAUAUAUCUGCAGGUAAUGCUUGACUGAUUUGUUCUGGUAAGAAGUCAUAAAUUUUUAAAGUUAUUUUGACAUCCAUUGCUUCUGGUUGUGGUUUAAGCUGCAGUUGUUGUAUACAGUAUUGUGUCAGUACUGAACUAAUUAGGGAAUGAGAAUUUAAAUUUUUAGGUAUUAGAUUAAUCCCACAAAGUUUUAAUUCUUAUACAUGUCUUUUCAAAGUUAAUGUUGACUUAAAGGGUUCAUGCUAUUAUAAUUUUAAAAGUUUUUGUUGUAUUAGGGGCAGCUGAUUCAUCAACUUGGAAUAGUUGAAGAUAUAUGACCCCAUACUUGUUUAUUGCUUCCAUGGAAUAUUGUGCAGUAGUUUGGACCUUUUCAGUGCAUUAGUGUGGGAAUUAAUUUUUUUUUUUGAUAAGCUACUGCUUCAUGAAGAAUUUUGACUUUAUUAUACCAAUUCAGUUAUUGGUUAUCACUUAUGUUGAGAAUAAUAGUAGUCCUUACUUUGUCUUUUAACUACACUCCUGAUUUUAUGAGUGAACUGUUUUAAUUAAAACUCUUUGCUUUUAAUUUAACUAUAAGAACCAGUCUUACCUAAAGCGGGUGAAUAAUUUAAUGCAUUAAAUUGUUUUUACAAUAAAUGAAUGCAAUAUAUUAUAAUAAAUUCCCAAUGUACUUCUGCAAUUAUGAGUCAGUUUGCUAGUAUGGCAAGAUGUAAGACAACUUUGAUUAAAAUAACCAGGAAUUUGUCUUUGAUGUAUCAGUAUGUAGGAAAAAUCUUCCAUGUAUUUGAGUAAAAAUAAUUGAUAUUGAUAAGUUUACUCUUUUAUGUUGGUUAUCAAACAGAUGAUGUUAAUGUAAAUGAAGAAUCCUGCAAAUCCUGGCAUCAAACAUGUGAUUUCUAUGGAAAGAUAUUGAUGUACCUUUUUUUUUUUUUUAUGGAGAUUAAUGACCAUUACAUUACAAUAUUUGCAGUUAGGAAUAUAUACGCACACACGCACGCACGCACGCACGCACACACACGCACACACACACACACACACACACACACACACACACACACACACACACACACACACACACACACACACACACACACACACACACGCAGCAUACGGGCGCCUGGCAAACCUACGGAUAGCGUUCCGAUACCUCAGUAAGGAUUUGUUUAAGACUCUGUAUACCAUCUACGUCAGGCCCAUACUGGAGUAUGCAGCACCAGUUUGGAAUCCACACCUAGUCAAGCACUUCAAGAAAUUAGAGAAAGUGCAAAGGUUUGCAACAAGACUAGUCCCAGAGCUACGGGGAUUGUCCUAUGAAGAAAGGUUGAGGGAAAUCGGCCUGACGACACUGGAGGACAGGAGGGUCAGGGGAGACAUGAUAACGACAUAUAAAAUACUGCGCGGAAUAGACGAGGUGGACAAAGACGGGAUGUUCCAGAGAUGGGACACAGACACAAGAGGUCACAAUUGGAAGUUGAAGACUCAGAUGAAUCAAAGGGAUGUUAGGAAGUAUUUCUUCAGUCAUAGAGUAGUCAGACCAUGGAAUAGCCUAGAAAGUGAUGUAGUGGAGGCAGGAACCAUACAUAGUUUUAAGGCGAGGUAUGAUAGAGCUCAUGGGGCAGGGAGAGAGAGGACCUAGUAGCAAUCAGCGAAGAGGCGGGGCCAGGAGCUGUGACUCGACCCCUGCAACCACAAAUAGGUGAGUACACACACACACACACACACACACACACACACACACACACACACACACACACACACACACACACACACACACACACACACACGCACACACACACACACACACACACACACACACACACACAUACACACAUACACACACACACACACACACACACACACACACACACACACACACACACACACACACACACACACACACACACACACACACACAUUCACACACACAUGCACACACACAUGCACACACGCAUACACACGUGCACACACACAUGCACACACACAUGCACACACACACACACGAGUAGGUAUAAUAUGUAUAUGCACACAAACCCAUCACACAGAUAAUGAAAAUGCUUGCUACAAAUUAUUCCUUUAUGCAUAAAAUAUUGAAAUAUUUAUGGGAUGCUUACCUUUCCAAGUAUUUCAUAGAAUUAUCCUACCUUUUGAUGCACUCCUUGUGUCUCCCAGGUACUGAUAAGGCUAUAUUAUGGAGGACAGAAGAGUCAGUACCCUCCCAUGCCUGCUUAAUAACACUUUGAGAAUUUGGGAAUAGUGGACAUGUCCAUACCAUGAGGCUUACGCUUAAUAAGGUUCUGCUUGUUUCCUAUCAGAUUAAAGUACACGAGUUUCCAAGUUAGUCAUUAAAGAAUUAUGUAUCACAAUCAUGUAGCCAGUCUUUUAUAUCUUUGACAGUAAGGCAAAAGUUGCCCUGCAUACAAAAGUUGCCCUCGCACUUCUCAAAACUGUUAGCAAAUUGUCUGCUAAAGGAAUAUUUGCUUGUGCAUAUUUAUGAUGCCUACUGUAUGUAUAGCUUCUUUGUCAAAUAAUUUAAGAUCUGGACAUAAAUUACUAAUUUUUUAAAUCUUUUGGUCUCAACUAUUGCAUUGAUUUAAUUGUGUAUCUGUAUGCUUGCCUGCCUGGUUUGUCCACUAUAAAAAAUACAAGAUUUUGUAACUAGUCUGAAACAAUUAAAACAAAAAUUUUAUAUUACCAUGCCCUUGGUAAUUUUAGAUUCACAUUUAAGUAUUUGGUAUCAGUCAGGCGUAGCAUAACUGUACUGAUGCAAAUGCAAUUUAUAUAGCAAAAUUAAGGCCAGCAUUGACCAUAGGGUAUGGUAUGAUUAUCAUUGUACUUUCAAAAUAAAAUUAUGAGGAAAAUUGGGAACCUACAAAGUUAAUUACAAAAAAUAGUGAUUUAUACGACCUCAGUUAGUCUGCUAUGGAGGAGCAGAUAUUAGCUGGUAAAAAAUAUCUGUUUAGUUGUGGAGUUUUAAUGACAGCUAUGCCAGUCACUUUUUUUUUUAAACAAUUAGUUCUAAAAGUUUGAAUAAAUUACUGGUAAAUUAAAUAAAAGAUUUAGUUCUAACACUUCUGGAGGUAGUGGAGAUGUCGUGUCUAAGGGCAGUGUGUGGUGUAAAUAUUAUGCAGAGAAUUCAUAGUGUGGAAAUUAGGGGAGGUGGAGUUACUAAAAGUAUUUUUCAAAGGACAGAAGAGGGGUUAUUGAGGUGGUUUGGUUAUUUAGAGAGGUGGAGCAAAAUAGAACUUGGAGGGCAUAUAACUCUGUAGGGGAGGGGAGGGAGGGAAGGAGCCAUAGAGGUUUUGCAGGCAAGGGGCCUGGACAUGCAGCACGCAUGUGUGAGCAUGUUAGAUUGGAGUGAAUGGAGACAAAUGGUUUUUGGGACCUGACAAGCUGUUGGAGUGUGAGCAGGGUAAUAUUUUGUGAAGGGAUUCAGAGAAACUAAUUAGCCAGACUUGAGUCCUGAAGGUGGGAAGUACAAUGCCUGCACUUUAAAGGAGGGGUUUGGGAUAUUGGCUGUUUGGAGUGACAUCUGAACUGUUGUAUCUGUGCGCCUCUGCAAACAUGGUGAUUAUGCGUGAAUGAUGGUGAAAGUGUUGAAUGAUGAUGAAAGUUUUUUUUUCUUUCUUUUGGGGUUUUUCUUUCCCUUUGGGUCACCCUGCCUCGAUGGGAAAUGGCCGACAUGUUUAAAAAAAAUAUAUGUAUAUUUUUAACAUACUGGCUGUCUCCCACUGAGGUGGGGUGACCAAAAAAAAGAAACUUUCACCAUCAUUCACACUAUCACUGUCUUUACAGAAAAAUUCAAGUGCCCAUUGCUAAGCUUUUUUUUUUUUUUUUUUUUUUAAAUCUUUGCUCCUAAGAAGUGUAGAAACAAAUUCGAGAACAAAUGGAGCAAAUUGCUCGUAUUGUUGAAUAAGUCAGUGUACCAUAACAAGAACAAUUCACAACUAGGUGACCUUCACCCAGUACUGGCUGGACAUUGUCUAAUGUAUUAAUCCUCAAAACACUUGAUAGGACAUUAGCUUUUCCUCACCUGUUUAACUGAUUUGUUGACACUAAUGGGUUUAGCGCUCCUUUUUUGUUUUUUCCAAUAUGUCAGUCGUCUCCCACCGAGGCAGGGUGACCCACAUUAUUAUUAUUAUAAUCAAGGGGGAAGCACUAAACCCGUAGGAUUAUACAGCAGGGUGACCCACAAAGAAAGAAAAUCCCCAAAAAGAAAAAAUACUUUUAUCAUCAUUCAACACUUUCACUUCAUACAUAAUCACUGUGUUUGCAGAGGCACUCAGAUACGACAGUUUUUUAUCAUAAUAAUAUUAUAGUAAUAAUAAUAAUAUUAAUCAACUGAUUUGUUAUCUGGCAGGUUUUUUUUUAUCUUUUCUCUGGCAUCUAACUCAAAAUAGUCCAGGAGGGACUCAAACAUUGUCUAAAGUUUUCUCUCCAGUUGUUGAUUAGUUAUGAAUUAUGUAGUUUAUAAUAUUUGCAUUUUAUAUCACUCAUUUUCUUUUGGAUUGGCUGGCAACACUUAACCCUUUCAAGGUCGGAACCCGUGAUCUGAAACUUGCUCUCGGGGUCUAAGAAUUUUUAAAAAAUAAAAAAAUUCUCAUGAAAUGAUAAUCUUUUUCCGAAAGUAAUGAAACCAAAAGUACAAAAUUUGGUGGAAAACUAUGGAAUUGCACUCUUUCAAAGUUAGCUGUCUCAGCGAUUUCACCCACUUUGAGCCCUAUUUUUGGCCAAUUCCAUUGUUCCAUCAACCAAACUCAGCUAUUUUGCUAGUAUUCCUUCUAAUAGUUGAGUACAAGAAACCACCCAUUUACCUAUUGCAACUACCCAUAAAAGUGAUCAGAAAUUGGUAAUUUUGCCAGUUUCACACAAAAUUAAAAAAUUGCCAAUUUAAAAACAGGGUCCAGAAUUAACAAUGUAGACAUUCCUAGCACUAAAACAUUUCCUCUGUUCAUUAGUUAUGUACCCAGGCUUCUCUUAUAUUACACUUGCUUUCUAUUUUGAAUUUUUAUUCACAGUGCAUUAUUACAGUAAUGUAGACUACUGCAUCAUAAUAAUUGUACGUAUAAAUAUUAUUAUUAUUAUAUUAUAAUCAAGGGGGAAGCGCUAAACCCGGAGGAUCAUACAGCGCUUGGGGGGGAUGUGGAAGGCAUUCAGGCUUAAUUCGGGGAACUGGAGCACAGAUCCAAUUCCCUAAAUCAAGAGCCCCUCACCAACAUCAAGGAACCUUCCUUGAGGAGUACGUAUAAAUAAUGUCAGCACAUUCGUGAACAUUUUUUAGAUCGACCAGUUGGACGCAUAUUGGACAGGUGGCAAAAUUUGUGUACUCUGAAGUAUUGACAGAAAUCAAACAUUUCAACUACUUUGAGCUCAAUUUCAAGCUUUCAUUCCUGAAACCAAUGAAAAUUAUCUCUAUUUCUGUAAUAUAUCUUCCAUUGUAUAAGAUGAGAUGAAGAAACCAAGAAUAUAACCACAAAAACCAUACAAAAAUACACCACAAAGUUGCUGUUUUAAACAAAAAACAUGGUUGGAGUUUUUUCCCAUUAUGCACUGCAUACUGCAAUUUUUUUUUUUUUUUUUUUUUUUUUUUUUUUUUUUUUUUUUGUGUUGCACACUUACCACACAGACCCAUUCUCUCAUAUCUAGGCCCAGAUUUACUGCUCACAGUUUAUCUGAGAGAACUGACCUCAUCAUGUAUUAUUAUUAUUAUUAUUAUUAUUAUAAUCAAGGGGGAAGCGCUAAACCCAGAGGAUUAUACAGACCUCAUCAUGUAGAACAAGGGGAUCAACCCUGGCUUCAAAGUUGUAGUACAAAGGGACCUACCCCAAAAGGAUUAAAUUGAAGACCAACUAUCCAGUUUUAUUGAAAAUAUACUCGCUAGAUUUACUUUUCACGUGUUAAUUAUGGUAGAUAACCUAAUUACCUUUUGGAAGGUCUUAGAGAGCAUAGAAGUAUACACAGAGAAAGAAAAAGGAUUACCGACUUGCUUUAAAAAUGUGAAUAUGUCACAAUGAAGGAACAAAAUCUUAGCUGUGAGAUCACAUUGAGAUAGAAAAAAAUGGACAAAUGUCCAUAAUGCCAUAUCGAUAACAUCCAGUUGUCUUCUGAAGUAUCAGACAAAGUCCAAUAUAUCCAACGUUUUUCCAGUAGAAGUCAAAGCUGCCAUGUCUAGGACCUGUCUGUUUUCAUUGUUCCCCGAGCUGUAAGCCACCCAUGCCAGUUUAUUGUUUAUGCUCACCCAUGCAUAUGCUUGUUACUCAGUUUCUAAUUUUCCCUGGAUUUAGGGCAUUUUGUGUUACUUUAUUAACAUAUUAAAUACAGUUUAAUUGACAAUGGCUUUUAAAGCAAGUGAUGGUGCCAAGAGAAAAUGUGUAGUUCUCGGGAAUCUAAGCCUCCUCAUCCAUGUAUGCCUUCUUGGCCAUCUAUGUCUUCUUGGUCAUCUGUGUCUUCUCAGCCAUCUACAGAGCUUUGCAGUGCCUCUGACUCAGAGCUACAAGAUGAUGACUGCAUGACCUGUAAGGGUUUAGUGCUUUCCCCUAAUACUCCAGAAUGAUAGAACUACUAAACACCAGAGACAUCAAUGAACCAUAGACUAGCACAUAUGUAUAAUGUUUCUAAGAUCAAUGAAGCCAAUGUCCCACUUACCCCUAUUGCAUCAGGCAUUGGCAGUACUCCUCACAAAUUAGUGAGACCUCUAGCCAAAGAAUAUUGAAACUGAUGGGGCAGAUCAUAAACUCACAUUUACAACAUUGGUAACCUCAACUGUGUUAAAUACUAUACAUUAACAUGAGAAAUUAGCUAGUCUGGAUGUAGUUUCUUUAUUUACAAAUGUAUCUACAUUAUUAUUAUUAUAAUCAAAAAAGAAGCGCUAAGCCACAAGGGCUAUACAGCGCUGCAAUGUAUCUACAACCAAGGCUAUUGAGCUUCAUUGAAGGAAGGUCAAUGACUACUUUAAUCUUUCUGCCAACAGUUUCAUUGAUCUUAUUGAAAUGUUCGUGAAUUUUAAUUGCUUUUCUUAUAGUAACUCCCUGUAUAGGUAAAAUUUGGGCAUGGCAAUGGGGUCCCCUCAUUACUGUGUUACUAGCAAAUUGUACCUUCAGUACCUGAGGGUAAAAAAAAAAUUUCACCCCUUUCAUUCUUAACAUUGUGACAUGGUUGCUGUACGUGGAUAAUAUUCUUCUCACAGCACUUCGAAGGUUCCGCAUCACUGACGUAGGACAGAGAUUUCGCACAGUUGAGCUUUCCAUUAUAUUCACUUGAAGAGAAAUAUUAAGAGAAACUUAUUUUCUUUUCUAUACUUUUUUUUAUAGAUUUAGCAGUAAGCUCCCUUUCAAACAUGUACCCAGAAUUAACUAAAAAGGGCAGUUUAAUGCACUUAGACCACAACAAUAUGAAAUGUGGAGUUGUCAUUGGACUCUGAGGGCCUAGGGACUAGCAUGUAGCUCUGAGUACCCUGAGGGGUAUUCCCUAAACUAUACUUCCCUUUCAUUUCUUCAAUAACUGUAGAUGUUGGGCUCUAUGGACCUACGAUAUCCCCAAGUUUGACAAAUUUCUAGAAAGAUUUGUCACCCUUACAGUAAAGUGGGUAAAAAUAUUUCCAAUGCUUUCUCUAAGAACAAUCUUGGAGUAUCAUUACUAUGAGCAGUAUUAUUAGAAACUUAAAGAGCAAAUUUAGUUGAGUUGAAACCAAAGCUGGAUUACUUCGAACUAUGUGAAGGAUAUUAGGUUUACCACUUCUUUCUUUAUUGUAAUAUUAAUAUGUGAAGGAUGUGAGAAAAUAUACAUAGAGAUUUAUAAUGUCAAUGAACAUAAAUAUAUUUGCCAUAUUGACAAUGGUACAGUAAUAAUGCCUGUGUUAGUCACAGGACUAUCCCUGGCCACUUGAUAAAGUGAAAUGGAACACAUUGUCAUAUUAGGUGUAUCCUAGUGGUAGUGUAGUUUUAUUACAUCACCACUGCAAGGUUAACAUAUCUGUUGCUAGGCUACUGGCACACACAUGACCUCAUGGCCAUGCUGGGUUGGUAUUGUUUUUCAUGUACAGUACUAUGUUAUUAAAGUCACUCUGGUCAUAACUCCUUUAGUACUUCAUUGGUUGGCAUUUCCAUUGAAAAUAUGUGGUACUUUUUCUUUUGCUAUUGAAGUUGUUUCUGUAAUUAUACUGUAUGUUAUCUUUUGGAAUAUACCGUAUUUUACGGUGAAAAAAACGCUCGCGUCAAGGACGCCCCCAUUUCUGACUAAAUUUUGGAAAAAAGAUAAACGGUGGCCACAGUAAUAAUGUUAUGUUAAGCCUAAGGUAUUACAUGUAAAAACACAGUUAUUGAUGGUUCAUUUUAUGGUUGUUUACCACUGAUGCAGCUGACUGGUGGGAUUGCCAAAUGAAAUUUUCAAAUAGCACUGAAAACUGGCUAAAUUUACGUGAAACAGCUCUAAAAAACAUUACAAAAAUAACAUGUCCAUUGCUCUCACUGACCAGUAUACAGGCAAUUAUUCUAGAUCUUCUAAAUGAACCAACUUUCUCAGCAUAUACGGCUGUUUCUUGUGAUUGGCCGUGUUCUCUUUCUACUCACUGUCUCAAUGCAUGCGAGUGGAUGUGUUUACGGCUAGGACUGCAUACUGAUUUGUGAUGGUUAUUUUUUGUGUGUUUUAAAAAUAUUUUGUGUUGCUAUUUUGAAGUUUAUUGAUUUUGCUAUUUAAUAAGAGCACAUUUAUACUGCAACACAACAAAAACAAACCUACAGUGAGCAAAUGGUGGCUUUUGUGUAUUACUACUGGUGCUAAGCACCAACAAAUUUUUAUGAUUAUUUUUAUUAUUUUAUACAAAAUAGUUUAUGUAAUUCAUUAUUGGGUCAUAUACAGGAGUUUAAAUUACUGCCUAGUACAGUAUCGAAACACUUUCCUAGGCUUAGGCUGAGGCCUAUGAGCAACGCAGCUUUUGGCCUUCAAGAUGCUGAGUAAAAUUUAGACUUAUUUUGGAAAAAAAAAAAAAGUGUCUUUGAAGCUGUAAAAUACAGUAGUUGGUUAUUUAGAUGAAUAAAUGUAAUGUUCAGCAUCAAUCUGGUUUAUUGUGACCGGAACAAGUUCACUGCUUUAAUGCUUUUAUUAUAUCAUACAUUUAAGUUUGAGCUACAAUAUUUAAAUGUAAUUUAUUCAUUAAUAUCAAAUCAAAAUUUGCAAAGAGUUGGAUUUGAAAAUGGUUAAAGUGUAUUUACUCUCAAGUUUUUACAUACAUUAAUUUUUCUAGCUAAUAAAAAUUAUAUGAAAUGUCUAAUUUUGAAUAUUACCAUAUUUGAAUGAAGUGAUGUUGAGCUUGAGUGGUUUAGCAUUGUAGUGUGUGGUACAGUAUUGAUAUUAUGUAUAAUAUAUAUAUAUUACAGAAUCUCACCAAAAAAAACAAAAAAUGGGACUACAGCAUAGUAUAUGUCGAAUCGGUUUGGUAAUAUAAUUAUAGAGAUGUGAUUCAAUACACUGGUGAUGUAUAUAUUUUGUUGCUUAUGUGCUCAUUAGUGCUAUACCUUUUCAGCACCACAAUCAAGGACUGAAUUUUUGUUCUGAUACUCAUAAAUGUAUAAAGAAAUACAUUUCUCUGAACCUUUAUGGACUUGUUUAUAUGUAUGUUUAAUAUUCCUGUUUGUAACAUAUGUGGCUGGUUAAGUUUAGGUAUUGUGUACAUAAACUAACAGAGAAUGAAUUAUUGGUUGGAAUGAUGAUCUUGGGUUGUGAGUGACAUGUAAACUGGUGUGGAAAGAUGUCAUUAUGCCAACCAAAACAAAAAAAAAUAAUAAAAUCCUUGAAUGUUAACUUUACAUGUACCUCCUGCACUUAAUAAUUUUCUGUAUGUAUAUCCUGACUUGAAGUAGCCUACCUACUAGUGGGUACAAUAGUGCCAAAAUGUUGUAGCAUUGCACAACAACAAUAUUUGUGCUUAGUGUCCUACAACUCAAGUAAGCACAAUAAAGGUAAUUAAUUAUUUAUUAAGACAUAUUGAUGCAAAAUGAAAAAAUACCAUUGGAUACAUUUUUUCUAUACCAGAUUAUUUUGUUUUGAACAUACAGAAUAGAAAUGCCUUAAAGUGGCUUAUGCAGAUAUCUCUAACAGGGAACAAAAAUUUCCAUGAUGCAUUUUGAAAAUAAACAUAAUUAAGUGUUAGAUGUUGGGGGUGGGUUUAUUACUUCCCCUUGAUUAUAAUAAUAAUAAAUAUUGGGUUUUGUUCUUAGUUUGAUUAUAGUAAUUAUAACCAAUUGUAUGAAAUAUGCUUAGAGACUUAUCUACAGGGGCUGAUUGUGUGAUGCUAUACGUACAUGAAAUGUACCAAUGGGUAAAGUAUGAAAUGCAUUCAGCUGAAUAUUUUUCUUGUUAAUGAAAAUUAUAUCAAUACAUAUACAUCAUAAUAAUUCUUUUAUAUGACUAAAAAUAUGGAAAAAGCUGACAUUGUCCAAUGUGCAUUGCAUCAUUUUGUGUAUUAAUUAUGCAUAAUAUAAUGUCAAGACAGUCUAAAUUGAAACCUUUAGUAAAUAUGUUUAAUGGAAAGUCAUUGUACUAGCGAGUAAAAGUUGAAGGAAUUCACACUUUCCAAAUUUAAAAUCUAGUGAUGCUCUGUUGGUUUGUAGUUACAAGACUGUCAGUUUAUGUUUGGCAUCAGUUACCAGAUUUAGAGGCCUAUUUAAAGCUAAUUUUGUGAGUGAAACAACUAUGAAUAAAUUGCAGAAAUACCAAAGCAUUGGUAAACAUCUUAAUUUCAUAUACAGACAUCUUCAUAUAUCUAAACAUUGGAAGAUUGUUUCAUCAAUGCUAAAACAACUAAAAAUUAUUGCCAAUAUUUAAUUGGAUUCUUCAUAUUGAAAAUGUAUCUAAGGUACACAAAUAAGAAUAUAAAUAUUAUAAUAUCUAACCUAAUAUUCAUAAGGACCAGCUAUUCUGAUGGGUAAUUGUUCUCAGCUGUUUUACUACUGAUGGAGUCUGAUACGUCAAAAUGUUAAGAUAAAUGAAGAUACAGUGGUACCUCAGGAUACGAACAGCUUAAAACUCGAACAAUUAUGUAAGUGUAUUUAUGUAAGUGCUUUUGUAAGUGUAUUUUUGGGGGUCUGAAACAGAUUAAUCUAAUUUACAUUAUUCCUUAUGGGAACAAAUUCGUUCGGUAUCGGCACUCAAACAGCCUUCUGAAAUGAAUUAAGUUUGUAUCCUGAGGUACCACUGUAUUUGGAUAUUAAGAUGUUUACCAGAGAUCUGGUAUUUAUUUUUAUUAUUUGUUUGAGUCCCAUGAGGAAAACCUAUUUCUGAAGUUGUAACUUAUGAAAUUGUAUAGUUAUAAAUUAACUUAUGAAAUUAUAUCGUUAUAAAUUAAAAGUUUAUAAAAUAUUAACAAAUGACAGUGAAAUAAACAAAUAUGAGUUUUGUCA